UUGACCUCAAUCUAUAUUCAAUGAAAUAAACAUAGCAAACUUAUAUACAUAGUAAAAUUUCAUUCUCUAAAAUGUGAGAAUGAAAUGAAAAGGAUUUAAACAUAUUGAAUGAUCGUAAUCAUCUUUGUACAGCUCGAAAAUCAUACAAGAAGAAAAAGAUUGGCGCAAGGAAUUGUGGGUAAACCUACGUAAAGGUGAAAAAUUUGUAAGUAGGGCAACUAGACUCUGUGUUUACAAAUCACCUCGUUGGCACCAUUUCUGGUGAAACAGCCAGUAUGGACCAUUCGGAGAUGGAUUCACUUGACAGCAGUGUUGGGAGUUCUGUUGGAAUGUCAUCAGGAGGCAUGGCUGGACAGAUGGGGUCCAUGAACUCUAUGGGUGGGUUAGAUUCUCCUCCUGAUAUUAAACCAGACAUUGGACAGCUACAGAUGCCUGGUCACAACUUCUUUAGUGGAUUUCCUCCAGGAUUACAGAUGCCCAUGCCUUCCACUCAGCCCUCACCAGGGUCUGGUCCCAUGCAGUCACCAGGUUUAUUGUCCCCCUCAUCAUCAGUAACAUCCCCGUCAUCUAUGAUGUCUGUAGGCUCACCGGGAUCCAUUGGAUCGCCAACCAAUGCAUUCUCUACUAAACAUAUAUGUGCUAUAUGUGGAGACAGAGCUUCUGGAAAACAUUAUGGAGUUUAUAGUUGUGAAGGUUGUAAAGGAUUUUUCAAGAGAACAGUGAGGAAAGAUUUGACAUAUGCCUGCCGUGAUGACAGAAAUUGUAUCAUUGAUAAACGACAGAGAAACCGAUGUCAGUACUGCCGCUACAUGAAAUGUUUAACCAUGGGAAUGAAGAGAGAAGAGGUUGAUGCAGAACUCUAUCAGUAUUAUGAGGAGGAUGAGGACUCAGACGAUGAUACUGUUCAGGAAGAAAGACAGAGGAAUAAAGAGAAAGGGGAGGGAGAAGUAGAGAGUACAAGUGGAGCCAACAAUGAUAUGCCAGUAGAGAAAAUCUUAGAGGCGGAGCUAGCUGUUGAUCCUAAUACAGAUACAUAUAUUGAUACUCAGAAAGACGCAGUUACCAACAUAUGUCAGGCUGCAGACAAACAGCUGAUUACAUUAGUAGAAUGGGCCAAGAGAAUUCCACACUUUGUAGAGUUACCAUUGGAGGAUCAAGUGAUACUGCUGAGAGCUGGCUGGAAUGAAUUGUUAAUUGCUGCAUUUUCACACAGAUCUACCGUAGUUAAGGAUGGUAUAUUACUAGCUACAGGUUUACAUGUACAUAGAAGUAGUGCUCACCAGGCUGGUGUAGGAACCAUAUUUGAUAGAGUCCUCACAGAAUUAGUGGCCAAAAUGAGGGAAAUGAAAAUGGACAAGACAGAAGUUGGCUGUCUUAGGGCUAUAGUCUUAUACAACCCAGAUGCUAAAGGACUUACUGCUACCCAUGAAGUGGAACAGUUGCGUGAGAAAGUUUACGCUUCAUUGGAGGAAUACUGUAAAACCCGAUAUCCAGAAGAACCAGGCCGAUUUGCCAAGUUACUGCUCAGACUACCUGCCUUACGAAGUAUUGGACUAAAGUGCCUGGAACAUUUGUUUUUCUUUAAAUUGAUUGGUGAUACACCAAUAGACACGUUCCUCAUGGAAAUGUUAGAAAGCCCAACGAAUACCUGAGAACCACAUAUGUGUAAUUUAUUGGAACAGUAUCGGUCACACUUGAUUGACAUUAAGACUGGUUUUGACCCAGUGUGGUUACAAUUUGGGCUGUAUCAUGAUGGUCUUGUAUAAAACAUUUAUCAUUUCCUCUCAAUUUUUCAGUUACAAUUCUAGUUUUAUUAUGUCCACCUAACCUGUGUUAUAAGACCACCUGUAGAUUGCAGUUCAGCUAAAAUUGUUAAUGUUUGUAGUUGAAUUAUAUUGUUAUGACAUAGUAUGAUGCCCCAAUUUCCUGUCAGAAAAUUAAGUCCUACAGAUUACAAAAAAAACCGACCUGUAAACUGAUAUUUUUUUUUCUAAAUCAUCUGGUUAUUUAUUUUUAAAAGAAUCAGUGUUUCGAAGUUCAUCUGUAGUUUAAGCUACUUUGGUAUUUCUGAACACACCCAAUUUCCUCAAGACAUCAAUCAAUUGAUAUGCCUAUUGAAUAUAGUUUCUGCUUGACAGGAUUUAUUGUGCUGCUGUAUUUUGAAUAUGUUCCAUUUUGUCCCAGACAAGUGAUGUCUGACUUUAAUUGCCAGUAAUAUAGACUUUUGAUUAAUCCACUGUGCUUUUUUGAGAUGCUUAUUAUUCUGGAAAAAAGGGUAGCAUUUAAUUACCCUAUUAUCAAUCAAAACAAUAUGAAAUUCAGUAUAUUUUACACUUUGUAAAAAUCAAAAUUAAAAUACAAACAUGAAACAAUUCUCAAAAUCAACCACAAUGAGUGUAAGCACUCUGAAAAGAGCCCAGUUUCUUAAUUUAAAAUUCAAUGAUUCUAGAUUUAUUUAGAAAUACAUGUAGUCAUGUUUUUCUUGUGAUCAUGCCAUGAAAUUUCAACAUUUAAUGGCAGACAACACCUACAUUCAGAUAAACAUAUGUCCUCAAGAGGUUUUGUAAUGUUUAUAGUUUUAUAUGUAAUAUUUGUAUGUAUUUGUACUCGGUUAUGGCAGACAAAAUGUAAGAAGUCUUGUUGAAUGUUCAAGAUGGCACUUCUUGUUCACAUUGAUAUUUUUGUUUCAUUAUAAUGUACCCUUGGUUUACAUUGAUAUUUUUUUUCUGCAUAUGAUAUAUCAGGGGGUAAAAUGAUUUCCUGGUCAUCAAAUCCACAUUAUUAUACUGUAGGAAUUACAUUGGAAAUACUACACAAGGUAAAUAUCUACUGCAUACUUAAUUUGGACUUUUUAACCUUUUUGAUUCAAACGUGGCUGAUGAAUCUUUUGAAAAUGAAAGGCUAGUUGGGCGUACAAAAUUUAACUAAUAGUAUCUAUGAUGAGUUUCUUCACAAUUAUGUCAACUUUACACCAUUGGGAAACAUCUUAUUUAUUGAAUAAGAAAUCACUGCUUCAGAGAUGAUAGAUAUACAAGUGGCCACCUAUUACCAAUAAUUACAGAAAUCUAACCCUUCAUGACCACCCAUUUGCAGACACUAGGCAUUUUAAAGUAUUAAUUCUUUUGACGAACAGUGUAUUAUCCUACUGUUAGUGUAAAAUUAUGUAAGGGUCUUCAUUAAAGAUCUUAUUUUUUUCGUGAUGAUGAUUUUUAUUUUCGAUUCCAAGUUAUCCCUAGUGUCUAGUUUAAUAUAUAUCAUAUGUUGAAAAAGAGAAUCUAGUAAAACUUGGUGAUUUCAUUGACUCAUAAACAUUGGUCAAAUGUAGUCCCAAUUAUUAUUAUAUGAUGUAAAUAUGUGUUACAAUGAGUAAAUGGCUAUUUUAACUUUGAACAUAAUUUCACAAUUUUUGUAACCUGUUCAGACAUUUUCCAUGUUACAUGUUUAGAAUAUCAAAACCAGAUUUGUGCCACUAUGUAGUCUAAAUUUUAAUUUCACUUUCAAAAAUGCACUUCAUAUUUAUAUAGAAAAUUCCAUUUCUAGAAAGAAUACAUAAAGCACUGUCAAGGUCAAUUGUUUUAAAUUCAAUACUAGUGUUAAUUUAUAAGUUUUGAUUUUAUACAGUGAAACCUGUUUAAACCGAACCUCUUUUGGACUUAACAUUUUGUUCGGUUUUGGCAGAAGUUUGGUUUUGUCAGGUUCAAAGCGCAUAUAAUUUGAUAUGACGGUUCUCAUAAACAUGUUUGGUCUAUACAGGUUUUCGGUUUAUACAGGAUUCGAUUUAGUCAGGUUUCACUGUACUUAUAUUUAAAAUGAAUGGAGUAAUCAUCAGAAUCAACACAUUGAUGUGUUAUGUCUCCCCUGGGUAAUUAAGUCCUGUGUAGAUAACUAAAAUUAUAUGUAUAAACUGUGAUAUGAUUAAAAAGUGCUUGGGUAAUAUGUACUAGUAUGCAAGGAUUUGUUUAUUUGUUAUAUUGUUGAUGGCAUUGAAGUGAUUUAGGUAAAUAACAGUGUUGAAGAAAAUGUGAUGGGGGGAAAACAGAUGUUAAUUGUGAUAAAAGACUUUUAAUGAAAAUAUUUUGAAAUACAGGGUAUAUUCUACGCUUGCUAGUUAACAUUUAAGGAAGACCUACACAUUUGUUUAAAUAUAAAAAGAUAGGCCUAUCUUUGUUUGAUUACCAUUACACAACAUAGCAUUUUUCCUGGGUAAUGUAAUAUAAUGGUGUUUUUUAGACACCAAAUGUCUCAUAAGAUCACUUUCAAGUAAAAGACGGCAAUCUAUCAGGACCUAUCGAGCCAUCUGUCACUAGGAUAUUUUUUCUGUUUUUUCCUUUUAAUGGUUUUCAUGUUACUGAAAUUAGGCUGGUUUUUUGUAUACAACUACAAUUGAUGUGUCAAUUCUGUGAUUGUCUCAUGUUUUAUAAGUGCUUUUAAAAUCUUGUGAAAAGUUUUAAUUUUUGAAAAGAUAAUUAACUAAUUAUGUAUAUAUUAGGUUUUUUAACGGAUAGAUUGUUAACAGAUGUCUGAAAAAAAUCCAAUGGUUGCAUGCUUAGACAAAUCUAUAUUAAAAAAAUGCUGUAAAUCUUACCAACAUAUUAUAUUGUGAAUGUUCUUAUUUAAUGGAUGUUAGUGCAGCUAUUGAUUCAUAUGAAUUUAAUGCUCAAUUUCACUGUACACAUACCGUAUCCACUGUGAUUCACUGUUCAGAUACCGUAUCCACUGUGAUUUCACUACUCAUAAAGUAUCCACUGUGAUUUUACUGUACAGAUACAGUAUCCACUGUGAUUUCACUGUACAGAUACAUUAUCCACUUAGGUUUCACUGUAGAAAUAAAGUAUCUUCUGUCAUUUCACUGGACAGAUAUGGUUUGUUUCCAUUGUGAUUUUACUGUACAGAGAAUGUAUCAACUUUUAAUUUCACAAAAUAACUCAAAUUAAGAUUUUCAUUUGAAAAAUGAACUUUCCUGGUUCUGUUCAACUGACCAGCCAAAGUCUUUAUUGGUAUGGUUUCUGUAUAACUUAUAUUCCUUUGGUUUCUUCAUAAAUAACCAGUGGGUAUUUUUAUUUGUAUGGUUUCAACUGACCAGUGGGUAUUUUUAUUUGUAUGGUUUCAACUGACCAGUGGGUAUUUUUUUUUGCAUGGAUUCAACUGACCAGUGGGUAUUUUUAUUUGCAUGGAUUUUGAUGACCAGUGGGUACCUUUAUUUGUAUGGUUUCAACUGACCAGUGGGUACCUUUAUAUGUAUGGUUUCAACUGACCAGUGGGUACCUUUAUUUGUAUGGUUUCAACUGACCAGUGGGUACCUUUAUUUGUAUGGUUUCAACUGACCAGUGGGUACCUUUAUUUGUAUGGUUUCUGUAUAUAUUUGAAUUUUCAGUUGUGAUUCAUAAAGAAGUGUAAAUUGUAUAUUUAUGGUUGUAGAUUGGUUGCUAGGUUACCAGAAUUUGCUACAUAUAUAUGGAUUUCAGUUUUGUUUUGACAUUACCAUGUAUAUAAUUUAACAGGCACAUACGAAAAUCAUCAGCGAUUGACUUUCUAUUGUAUUGUAAAUUAGAAAUUUAGAUAACCAGUUUCAAACAUUGAAAUAAAAAACUUUGUGAAAGCUAUUUUAAAUAUAUUUCAUUUAAAUUUAAUGAAGAAAAAAAUCAACCCAAAAUUGGUUAUCAGCCUCACUUCAAAAAAAUCCCCUGUGUAUCUGUGAACUGGUUGAAAGUUGCUAGAUGAUGCCAUGAAUUGUCUUAAAUUAACCACAUUAUAUCCUCAUUAUUGAUUUAUUCAACUUCAGAUUGUUUUAGUAAUAUUAUGGAUUAAUUUUACUGAUUAGUGAGGGAUUCAUGUAUAAAGGCAAAACCUUUUUAAUGUUUUAACUACUACAUACUUCCUGUAGGCUGCUAUCCUAAAAAAAAAAAUCCCUCAAAAUCACGAAAAGAAAUAUAUUCGCUGUUCUUUCAUUGACUUUUAUUAAUUUUGAAUUAAAAUUUGACAUUUGGUUCCAUAUUUAAGGGGAAAUUUUAGAGAUUAUUUUUUUUCAUUUUUCCAAUCAAGAAUAAUUUCAUAUUCGAUUGAAUUCCUCUAUUUUGGGUAUUUUAUAAUCUAAACAGCUGAUAUUUAUCAUCUCGAUUUGAUUAAGAAAAGAUAGCUGACAUAUUUUCUUAGUUCAAACACCACUACACAAAAAAUGGCAUAUCCCAGAUGAAAAAUUAUAGAUAUUGUUAGUGAUACUAUUGAAGCCAUGUUCAUUGCUUUGAUAGUCCAGUGCUAUGUACAUAAAAUGUAUAAUGUAUGUUGAAAAAAUUAUUUUACACAACUGUAGAAAUAUAUAUUUUAUCAUUGUAUAUAUAUCAUAAAAUGUUGGUUUUAUUGUGGUAGGCUUAUUUCAUCAACUAUUGGGGAGUGCUAUAUUUGUCUUAUGUCAUGAAUCCAGUAAAAUAUAUAUAUAUCAGACAUUGCUAGAAUAAACGAUACAAGAAUUUA